GGCCGCCCCCGGUGUUCCCAACUUCUCGCAAUGAACUGUUGACGGAAAAAACAGUCACGAAGGCGGUCGAAUAUUUCUGCCAUUCAUUCGUGGCCUCCGACUCACGGUGAAACCUUUCCACGAGAAGAAGGAGAGUGCGUGCGUAGCCACGUUGCAUCAGGCCACAACACAGGCCAGUCGGUGCUGUGAUGUCCUCGACCCCCAGCAGACUCAAACACCCACACUGCAGGAAGAAGCACUAUCCGAGCAGCACCUACCUCACCCACGUCUGACAGCCGACCGCCGGACUCGAGGCCUUUUCUUUUUUGGAGACGCCAGGUAGAGGACUUGACGGGAAGAGAUCGAGAAACCCCCGAGAAGAGAGAUGUCCGACUCGGCCGGCAGCGGCGAAGGCGUCGGCGGCGUGGCGGGCACGGGGCCGGACGCAGAAGCGGACAGCGAGCCCCCCCAUCAGGCGCCGGGUCCCUCCGAAGGUGACCAGUUGGAGGUGGACGUGACCUCGGAGCCUUUGUCUGCCAAGCGGCCCAAGAUGAGCGAGGAGGAACAGAGGCUGGAGCCCGGCGCCGUGUGUGGAGAAACACCGGCGGAGACGGGAUCGCUGCAGGACGAUCCAGCCCCGCCAGAACUAAGGACGGGGGAACCACUGCAGUGUGAGGAAGAGGAGCCCGUGAGUGGAGAGCACGAUGGCCCCUUAGGAGGAGGAGAGACAACGCCAGAGGAGGAGGAGGAGGAGGAGGAGGAGGACGAUAACGGAGCUGCAGAAAGCCCCAGUGAAGGACAGCGCCUGGGCCUAGAUUUUACCCAGAAUCCCCAGAUGCUGACCGGUGCCUGGACGGAGUACUCCAACCUCCCAGAGAAUUACCUCAAAGGCUGCAAAUGGGCUCCGGAUGGUUCCUGCAUCCUGACCAACAGUGCAGACAAUGUGCUCCGAGUGUACAACCUCCCCCCAGAGAUCUACAGCUACAACUGGGACGCGCUCCCUGAGAUGAGUCCGGUGCUGAGGAUGGCGGAGGGGGACACCGUGUACGACUACUGCUGGUACCCCAAGAUGAGCUCGCUGGACGCGGACACGUGCUUUCUAGCCAGCAGCAGCCGGGACAACCCGAUCCACGUGUGGGACGCGUUCCACGGGGAGGUGCGAGCCAGUUUCCGACCCUACAACCACCUGGACGAGCUGACGGCGGCCCACUCGCUCUGCUUCUCGCCCGACGGAGCGCGGCUCUACUGCGGCUUCGACAAGACGGUCCGGAUCUUCUACACCGACCGCCCGGGGAGGGACUGCGAGGAGCGGCCCACCGUAGUGAAGAAGCAGGGCCAGGGCGGCAUCAUCUCGUGCUUCGGCUUCAGCCCCUGCCAGACGGUUUACGCCUGCGGCUCGUACUCCCGCUGCGCCGGCCUCUACUCCUGCCAGGACGGCUCCCUGCUGGCCCUGCUGCCCACCCGGCACCACGGAGGCCUCACCCACCUGCUCUUCUCCCCCGACGGCAACUACCUGUACACCGGCGGGCGCAAGGAUCCAGAGAUCCUGUGCUGGGACAUCAGGGAGCUGAGCAAGGUUGUGUUUUCACUCGAGAGGAACGUGGCCACGAACCAACGCAUCUACUUCGAUCUGGACCCGUCGGGCAGGUACCUGCUGAGUGGCGAUACGGAGAGGGUGGUGUCUGUGUGGGACACCCAGACGGCUCCACCCGAUGGCACCGAGGAGCUACUGCAGCCUGAGCUCAGGUUCCAGGCCCAUGGGGACUGCACCAACGGCAUCAGUAUUCAUCCCUUCAUGCCGCUGUUGGCGACGUCCGGCGGGCAGCGGCAGUUCCCGUCGCCCGGCGACAGCGAGGGCGACUCGGCCUCCGGCGGCGAGGGAGGGGACGCCGCGGCGUCGCCUCAGAAGAGCCGGCGGGACAACUCCCUGAGCCUGUGGUGGGCCGGGCCGCUCGGCCCCGCCCCCGAGGGGAGCCGGGAGCCGCCCGAAGCUCCGCCCCCCCAGACGGCCGACACGCGUUGAGUGACGCAUGCCGCGUGAUAUUUACUUUGGGAAUGCUUUGUACGGAUAAAGCUCUCUUUAUUUUUGUGUCCGUUUGGUCAUCAGCAACAUGAAUCCCUGGAGUGUCAAAGACAUUCUGGGUCAUUUUUAAACAUUUACAGUGCGAGUAACUCAAUUCUUAACAUAUCAGCUGCAGGUUUACAACUUCUCCCGACUCAAAGCCCAGAUCAAAUCAAAAGGGUUCGUGCAGAGCGGGUUGUCAGGGUUCCGUGUGCGACGCCUUCGUUGUUGUGACUCCAGUUGGGUAAAUAAGAAGUGGAGCUUCAAGCCAGUCAGGCUGCCCUGGAGAUGCCCGACUGCUUCCUGACAGGAAGUGACACGUGUUCUUGACCUUUUUGCUUUUUGUAAACUGAGGGGCUCAUCCUGGUUUUUUUUGUGGUUUUUUUUUACCCGUUAGAUGCCCCAAGUGUCCAGUGCAUGCCCACAGAUGUAUAUUUUUAUAAAGCCGUGAUGAUCAUUCCAAUGUGUGUAAACUCUGUAAGCAGCUCGCUUGAUUUCCGUAACCUCAUAACAAUCCGAAAGUCCAAAACGAGGGACGUCUAUUGUUUUAUUUUCCGUGCAGCACCGUGUGUGUGUGUGUGUGUGUCUCAGUGCGUUCACACUGUCCUGCAGUGAUCGUUGUGUGUUGUUGCUCCGGAGCCGCCGCUCAGCCACGUUGCCAAGCAAUCGCCGCUAUGACUCGGCAGCCGCCAUCGAACAAUACCGGUCCGCACGACCGGGAAGCAUUCAGAACCACGCAGGCCGCCGUCACGUGACCUGCGUCUGCUACAUGUGGCGUUUUGGGGGCUUCUUUUGUAUUCAAGCUGCAGUGGAUUAAAAGCGUUUCUCUUUA